AUGCACUAUACUCACCUCCCAUUUUGCGGUCUCCUGUGGCUUUGGAUGCCUUUGUGCCAGGGACGACCAAUAAAGCCUGAUGGCAUCAACAAACUGAAGGCUGAUGCAGUGAUGAUUUCAAAGACUUUAAUUACCAGAAUCCAGGAGCAUCCUAUCCAGUUCCUUUUCCCCAGCAACCUUAAAAUCAGUGGCUUGGAUUUUAUCCCUGAUAAGCAACCCCUGGAGAGCUUGGAACACAUGGAUGAAACACUAGAAAUCUUUCAAAAAAUUCUCUCUUCAAUAUCUCUGGAAAAUGUGGAUCAGAUGCUCAGUGAUAUGGAGAAUCUCCGUAGUCUACUAAAGCUCCUGAGUGACAGUAUGGGAUGUCCGGCCAGGAAGCCUAUGCGGCCUGACAGCCUGGUUAACCUUACAGAGGAAUACGCCAAUGCGCCUUACACUACAGAGAAGGUGACUCUUGAUCGCCUCCAGAAAUCUUUGGAUAACAUUGUGAAACAUCUGGACCAUGUGAAGUGCAGCUAA